AUGCCAUCGGUACACCCAUUUGAUGGAGUUAAGGACUACGAAGUCAGAUUGGCCUCUAAAUUAGUCAAGGAUGCUUACCCAGCCUCUGCAAACGUCCAUUUUGUCCGUAUUGACAGACAAGACCCACCAAAGAAGGACAUGAUUAGAUACUUGGCUGCUGAAAAAGAAGGUAAACCAUUACCCCCAAUCCCACGUGUGUUGCAUUGCUACUACUGGACAAACACCUUGGAAUUUAACAAGGCUUUGGUCAAUGUGACUGCCGGCCACAUCAUCACUAAACAACAACAACCUCAAGGUGUUUGUGGUCCAUUGUUACCAGAUGAUAUGUUGGAAUGGGAGGAACAUUGUAACAACCACCCUAGGGUUAAGGAAGAAAUUGCCAAAUUGAAAUUACCAAAGGGCUACACCGUACGUAAUGACCCAUGGAUCUACGCUACCGACGAUGCAAAUGAAAAAAGACCCUUGGUUCAAUUCUUUAUGUACGUUUUGGCCGGACAAGGCCACACAGAGUCUAACCACUACUCAUUGCCUUUGAAGUUCUCACCCGUGUUUGAGUGUUUUACCAAAAAAUUUAUCAGAAUGGAUUACUUGCCUGGAGGAUUCGAUGAAAAAGUUACUCCAACUGGUCCUUGGCAAGAAGUUCCCGCUGUAGAAUACCACACCGAUUUGCACGAGGAACACAGAAACCCAAGAGAUGUUAAACCACUUUUGGUCACGCAACCUGAAGGACCAUCCUUUACCGUUCAUGGAAGCAAAGUUUGCUGGCAAGGUUGGGAGUUUAGAGUAGCUCCCACAGCAAGAGAAGGUUUCGCCAUUUAUGACGUUUGGUUUAAAGGUAGACAGAUCUUUUACCGUAUUUCGCUUUCUGAAAUGACUGUCCCAUACGGUGAUCCAAGAGCUCCAUACCACAGAAAGCAAGCUUUUGAUUUGGGUGACUGUGGCUUUGGUACCUGCGGUAACAUGUUGGAACUUGGUUGUGAUUGUUUGGGUGUUAUUAGGUACAUGGAUGGAAUUGGUAUCAAUGCCAAAGGUGAACCAUUUAUUAUGCCAAACACAAUCUGUAUGCACGAGCAGGAUGAUGGUUUGUUGUACAAACACGUCAAUUACAGAACCUUCCAUGCAACGGUGGCAAGAAAGAGAAUCUUUAUUGUGCAAACUAUUGCCACUGUGGCCAACUACGAAUAUAUUAUCAAUGUCAAGUUUGCUGCUGAUGGAUCCAUUGAUAUUGAGACCAGAGCAACCGGUAUUUUAUCCACAAUGCCAAUUGAUGAGAAUGUCACUGUACCAUGGGGUACUGUUGUUGGCCCAAACGUUAUGGCUGCAUACCACCAACACAUUCUCUCAUUCAGACUCGACCCUGCAGUUGAUGGUCACAAAAACACCGUUAUCUACGAUGAUACUAAGAAGUUACCAAGGGACAAACUUAAUCCAUACGGUACCGGAUUUGUUACCGACAGAAAGUUUGUUGAAAAAGCAGGAUACAUUGACCAAUCACCAUUCACCAAUAGAACAUACAAGAUUAUUAAUGAAAAUGUCGUUAACCCUAUUGCAAAACAACCCGUUGGUUACAAAGUUGAACUCCCAGCAAGACAAAUGUUGCUUGCAGACACAGACUCGUUCAAUACCAAGAGAGCCAAGUUUGCAACCCAACAAAUGUGGGUCACAAAGUACAAGGAUGAUCAAUUGUUUGCUGCUGGUGAAUUCACCAAUCAAUCCCAAAUGGACACCGGUUUAGCCGUUUGGGCUAAUGGACAAGAUGAUGUAAGAGACGAAGACAUUGUUGUAUGGGCCACAUUGGGAUUCACACAUAUUCCAAGAAUUGAAGAUUUCCCAGUGAUGCCCGUUGAGACUCACAAUAUCCAUAUUUCACCAGUGAACUUCUUUGACAAAAACCCAGCAUUGGAUUUACCACAGGCAAAUAACCAAUUCAACAAGAGUACAUUGGUGCCUGCACAAGAAGAGAAGGCAUGCUGCAAAAACAAAAUUUAA